AUGUACGAUCCCAACAGGACAGAGUGGGGAACGGGUAGUACUGAAGCUACCCAAAUCGAGGCCGAGGAAGCUUAUACCCUCCACGAUUUCAAUACCAACAUGAGCUCCGAGCCGGGCAGCGAUACAGUGGAGGAUGAUCCCAAUCCUGCUGCUCUACGAUUCGAAGGCGCCGACACAAUCGUCUUCAUCGACCCUCCAUCGUACAAAUCAAACUGGUCAUUGCAACCACAAACUGGAGCGUCCAUUCCCCAUUAUAUUCACAGCCACACCCUCUUGGAAACCGGAUCUCCCUAUUUCAAGAGACUCUUCGAACCGAGAAAGCAAGCUCGCAUGAUAAAGCGUGCAGAGAUUCAGGGAAAGCUACCUGAUGGAAUCAAAUACAUCAUUGACCUCACUCCUCCCUCGACGGACGAUGAGGCGGUGGCUUUCACCACUGAACUAUCAUGCCCACUAUGUAUACGGACAUGGGCUCGCGCGUCAAAACGUUGGGGUCUGCCUCUGCACUGUGUUGGCGGCAAAGACGAAGGAUUCGAAACUGAGGAUGGGUGUCAGGAUGCGGUUCUUCCCUCUGAGUAUUCGGAUUCUCGUCAUCGCACGGGAAUCGUACAUAUCCUGCAAGCUCUAGGAUGUGUUACCCCGUGUCUUGAUACGCCUUGCAAGCUUUGGACCUUCUUUGCUCUGGCGAAGGUGUUUGGUAUUGCCAGUAUAGGGCACAUCAAAAUUCAUAUCCUGACCUGGAUCUAUGAGAGGACGAAUACUCGCUUUAUUGAACUCCACCCCGAGAUUGCAUAUAGGAUCGCUUGUGGUAUCGAAUGUGACCACCUUUGUCAGGAUUCUUUCACUGUCCUUGUGGGAGAGGAAGCUCUGUUACGUCUAGUCAAUGCAGGACAAGCACCCACACUCCAAUGGCCAGAGGUAACGUUCCACGGCCGACGCCGCGAGCCAUUGGAUGAUGAAGAUCGCCAACGGAUAGAGUAUGCAAGUCAAAGCUUUGUGGACCGCAUUCUUGACCAGUUCAUACAAUUGGCAGGCUCACAAAUGCACUGGCUCUUGCAACUACCAUCUACAAUGAAUAUCUCCCUUCACACUGACGAUUGUGACGAACAUUGUCCAUUGGCGUCACAAUUAAUCUCCUCGCUGAAACUAUACGUGCGGGGACACAUCGUCGCCAUUUUGGCCAGCUCCGCUGUCACUAGGGCUGCGACGACAGGCCAUUACAUUAAUCACAGCAUCUACCCAACGCGUGAAUACGCUAAUGCUUACGAUAAAAUGCGUUAUAUAGAACGCAUCAUCAGCAGGACGUUCUGGAAAUUGCUCAGAACUGCGAGGUAUAGCGACUGUCUAGCAAGCUCCGACGGCAAAUUUCAAACUAUGACAAUCGCCGACUUGGGCAAACAUCACCACCUGUUCCAGACGGAGGAUAAGGCAGAUCUCUCAGAUAUUUCCUUGGAAGAGUUUCUGCUGGCAGUCAACCAGUUCAAUAGCCACGUUGACUUUGAUAGCCCAAGGUUUAGCCCGCGUAGGUACGGUGGUGGGACCGUUUUCAUAGAGAGGCGAGGUAUGAUUCAUCCAGGCCGAGCUUCUGGCAACAGGACUAAUUUGGUACUUGAAGGAGUUGUUACCCAUAGCCCCACACCAUCUAUCUUCAACCCAAUCGACUUCCUUCAGCAGGUGCGCUCACAUAUAGACGAUCUCGCCGAGAGAAUGGAGGAGGGCUGCAGACACGGAGCGCACUUUCAACUAACCGACACCAUUAUCUGCCUUACCGACAACGAGUUGCGAUACCUUCCGCUGUGGGCGGGGGGUGAUGAUGAUGGGUCCGGCGGCGUUUUCACAGAUCAAGGGAUACCUAAUCUCGAGACGGGUGGAUUCUCCAUGCCAGGACCUACAAUUCACACAGGAAGUACUGUCCACUCGACCACUUCUUACUCCAAUUUCGCCCCAAGCGAGUAUCAAAGUACGGUCCAGCGUGCGUCUCAUAAGGCCACGGGAAGCUACUGGACGGACGUCGUCAGCAUGAAUUUCUCAGAGGCGCACGCCACGGUAGAUGAAAGCCAUGAGCCAAUUCCGGAUGAGGCGCCCGCAGACACAAGCGACCUUUCCAUAGACAUGAAUACGUCGGCGGACGACAUUGAUGAUUGCUUCGAUACUGAUAGCGAGGACAAUGACACGGUGAUUGUGGACACCCCGAGUGAGGAUGGGCCGGUUGGGGAGGCUUCGGAGAUGCUGGAGGACCUGUCUCUUGGGGUAGAAGCUUUCUCGAAGUGA